AUGCCGCUUAGCGCCCUCGCCGGCUGGAUCAUCGGCGGCGGCGGCCCCCUGGGGCUGGCCAAGUGCCUGGCUGGCGUGCUGGGAGUGGAAGUUGAGGAGUUGGUGUCCCAGCACGGGCUGCAGUCCAUGCGGCCAUGCUUUGACAGCAACACAGGGGAGCUCCACGAGCGGUACUGUCGCCGCAUGAAGGGCUGGCCCCACCUGGGUAGCCGCGGCGAGGUCGUCCUCAGGGCGGUCACCCAGGUCGCGCGCUGGACCCUGCCCUCCUUCCUCUGCCACGACAACGUCGGCGUUUGGACGAUGCUCAGCCGCUCUGCGCUGGUUGAGGCGCGGUGCAGCCGCCUGGAGGGCUACGAACCCCUCCCGUCACCCGAUGACGUCACCUUUGACCGGGUCUACGACAUCUCGUCCGACGAGCUGCUGCCGCUUCAGCAGGACCAGCAGCAGCAGCAGCAGCAGCAGCAGCAGCAGCAGCAGCAGGAGGAGGAGCAGCAGCUGGGCGACGCCGAGGCAGCUAGAAACGAAGCGAUCACUGUUGACAGAAGGCGUGCAGGCGCGCAGGAGGUGAUUGAGAUGGCCGUCGUGGAAGGCGGAGGGUUGCCGGCGCUCGCGGUGCCCGCAUCCGAGGCGGCCGCCGAGAUGGAGCGGCGCCGGGACGCGGUGGCGGCGCUCGGCGCGGCGCUCGAGGCUGAGGUGGCGAGGCAGGGCCCGCGGCCGCUGGAGGCGGCGCGCGAGGGCGGCGGCAGCGGCGGCGGGGCCAGUGAGGAGGAGAGGGCGGACGCUUCGGGCUGGGAGGUGGUGGCGCGCGCGCGGCGGCGGCGGCGCGCGAGCGGGGCGUCGGGGGCGCCGUCUGAUCUGAUGGACGUGGAUGACGAGGCGGCUCAGGCAGAGGAGGACGGGGAGGCUGGCAGGGGGCGCCGCUUGGCCGCGCGCAAGCUGCGGCGUGGCGCCGCGCCGCAGCGCCUUGCAUAUGUGGAGCUCCUAUCGCAGCUGGCGCCGCAGUCCGACCUGACCCUGGGGGAGGAGGGGCGGCGGCUGCCAGCAAACGUGCGGCCCUCCAUGCUGCAGCUGAAGCAUCGCCAAGGGGGCCACGAUCUGGCCGCCACGCUGCUGCCGCUGCCUGCCGCCGAUGGGCUGUCGCUGCUCGGGUUUGAAACGGGCGCCAAGGGGCAGCUGCAGCUGACGGAGGAGGCGCCUGGUGGGGCGGCGCAGUUCAGGUUUGAGCUAGUCAGGGCAGCGCACGUUGGACCCACAGGUUUCGGGCGGCAGCGGGUGCCCCUGAGGCACUGCGCGCGCUUGGCGAUCUUCGACCGGCAGCACCACCGGCUCCUCGGGAACGUCCACGAGAUGCGCGCCGCGGAGGUGCGGUCGCGCGACGCCGCGUGGACGUGGCGGACAGACGCCGGCGGCAGCGCCAUCGUGCGCUGCGCCAAAGUGCAGCCCGACCCGGCCCUCGGCACGCGCCCUGUCAACCCCGAGCGCCUGGUAUUGCUGCUGGAGCUGUGCACGGCCUUCCGGCUGACGGCAGAAGACGCAGAGGCGCUGCCACCCGACGACACAAAGGCGCGCCUCGCAGAUUUGUUUUCUGAGUCUUGGUGGGCCGUGGCGCCGCGGCUGCUGGACGAGGUGUCCACCUGUUGGGCCAUGAUCAGUUUCGCGCGCUGCGCUGACCUGGCGAAGGAGAUGGAAAUCACCGUGCCCCUCUACAUGGGGUCCCCCUACGACCCGGUGCUGCUGUCAAAGCUGUACGAGGAGGAGCGCCGCCUGCAGGGCCCCCUGCUCAACCUGCUCUCGCGCCCCAAGCAUCCGUCGCUCACAUUCCGCGCCGGCCCCCUGCCGGCGGCGCAGCCGGGCGGUGGCGUAUUUGCUGCGCUGGUCGCGCCGCUGGGGGCGAUGCCGGGGACGAUGAUUGCGGGGCCCGACACGGCGUGCGCGCUCGCGGCGUGGCGGAUGGCGCUGGCGGCGGCGCUGGCGGUGCAGCAGCAGGCGCAGCAUCCCAAGCAGCAGCAGCAGCAGCAGCAGCAGCAGCAGCAGCAGCAGCAGCAGCAGCAGCAGCAGCAGCAGCAGCAGCAGCAGCAGCAGUCGCUGCUGCAGGGGGCGGUCGUCGCCGACGCCGCGCUGGCGGCUUUCCCUGAAAUCUGCCGCGACGAGGCGGUGCUGGCGGUGUUCAGCGACAAGUGGUCGGCGGCCUGCAGGGAGCUGCGGCACGCACACCAGGGCUCCGACUGCCUGCUGGGCUGCGACCCGCGCGCCGGCGCCCCACAGCAGCCGCCGCCCGCCGCGCUGGCCGCCGCGCUGCGCCGCUGCGUGCUGGCGGUCUCCCCGCUGCUGCGCUGCGCCAGCCUGCCGCCUCGGCACAUCGGGAAUUUUGCAGAGUGGUCGGAGCGACGCGAGGCGGUCUCGGCCGCCUUUUGCUACAAGUCACGCGGCGGCGGCGGCGGUUCCCGCGGCUGGGGCCGUUUGGGGGGCGGGGGCGGCGGCGGCGCGGGGCAGGCGGCGGGCGUGAGGGGGCGGCGCGAGGAGCGGCCGCCGGUGGAGCCGCUGAGUUUCAUGGCAGGAAACGAGUUCCUGCAUCGGCCGUUUGACGUGUCAGAGGUUCGGCUAGAGGCGGCGCCGGCGGCUGCGCCCUGGCUGGCGGUGUGA